CCUCCCUCACAUCUUCUAUGUAAGCAGCGAGAACUGAUACGGAUACGAAGAGUCGAAGAGAGAAGGAGACAGGUCGGGAAAAACAAAAACUCUAACGAAUAACAAUCGACAUCUACAGGUUUAUCUUCGUUUCGAAUCUCUUUGUAUUGUUCCUAAAUUUUCUCGAAUAAGAACUCGUGGUUUCUAGGGUUUCGGUAGGGCUUUAGAUUUCUGUUGCUGUUUCCUCAAUGCUGCUGUGAUGAUGCGAGACCCAGGGUCUGAGUGCAGUGCUUGUGGCUCAGAGGAGCGUUGGCUCCUUCACAAUAUACGCCAUCGAGGUAGCCUCCGUCGGGUUUGCACUUCAUGUGUUUUGAAACUUCACCCUGGAUCGCUUUGUACUCAUUGUUUUGAGGUUUAUGAGGGUUCUCUUCCUCCUCUUCACGAGCGCCUUAUGUGUUUGAAAUGCUCUUCAGUUUCUCACUUGGCUUGUGUCGGGCUAGAGAAUGCUCGUCAGUAUGUUUGUCCAAGUUGCGUGAACCCUAGCCUUUUGUUUUUCGACGUCGGCGUUUCUAAUAAGAAGAGUAAGGGUACCAAUGGAGAACCGGUGCUUGCUGGAGGAGGUCAAGGGGUGAUCGAUCAGAAGUUGGCAAAAGUUUUCCUUGCUGCUGCUCGGAUUGCUGCCAGUUCAAUGACUAAAGCUGCGACUGCAGCUCGGAUUGAGGCAGAGAGGAGAGUUAAAGAAGCUGCCUUGACAAGGAAGAGGGCCAAAGAAUCAUUGGAACGGGUUGCCUUUCUCAUGGUCAAAGAGAAAGUGAAAGAGAGGGCGACAUUUGCCCCUGCUUCUGUGUUGACUAUGGAACAGAACAAGAAGGCCAAAGGGAAUAGUGCAGUAACCACAGCAGUAGCAGUACAGAAGCGGAUUCAGAAUAAUGUCAAGACAGAAGGGGAGUACAUGUCUGGAGGGAUGCCGAUUCCUUUGGCUAUUAUUGCUCCGAGAGAUAAGGAUAGAUGGGCUGAGGUCCAAUCACCAAAUAUGGUGCGAGGGCUCCCCAAAAAUGGUGUUUCCCUCGAUGACAAGGAUAAACACAGAGGUCCUGCUCCUGUUGUUGCGCGGCAAGUUGAGAACCCCCUGGCACUGAAAGAAAAUGAAAACUCUAGCAAUUCUCUUAAUUUACAUAACCAUGUAGUAAAAAAGGAGGAGAGUAAUGGAGUACUUCCAGUUUCUCCUGUUUCCGUACAUUUGCAGCAUCCUAACAAUCAUGGUAUGGAAGAGGACAGAGGAAAAUCAGGAAGACUUCUAGAUUCCAACACAGUUUCUCAGUGGCCCCAGUCAGAUCAAGAUGCAUUGGCCUCGACAAAUAAUUCUGGGGUUCUACUCACAGGAUCAUCAACUACAACGAGCUAGCUUCUGUAAGGAUCAAUUGUUGUCACGAAAAUAGAAAAGGAAUGCCUGAGCUGACAGAUGAAGUGAAGCUGCUGUCUUAUAUGAACUGCAGAUUUUGCACCAAUAGUGCUGCAUUUUAGUUGAGUACCAAGAUUGUGCUGCAGGAAUGGCACCAAGAAGAUAAUUGUAAUAGUGUUAUUGCCAUGAUAUAAGAGCAUGUGCUUUGCACCAUGAAGGGAUGUGGCUGGGGAGAAGCUGUCUUGCAUUCACACUGUAGUUGAAAAUGAGAGUAGAGUCUUCAUAGGGGAAGGUCAAAGAAAUGUGAUGAAAUAAAAGUGUUCAUUUUGUGGGUACAGGGAAAUUGCUGACGAAUAUCAACCAGAUUGAAUGGAUGUAAAUGUUUUCAUAUGGUUACUCCGUUAAGAUGGUCAAAUACUAUGGUUAUUGGUGGACAUAUGCUGAUUAAUAUCAACCUGAUUGAAUGUGUAUUUCAUUGGUUUUGGUU